AUGUCGCAGAGCACCGAGCCACUCCCCGUGCGCAAGCUGUGCUCGUGCAACGCCGUUCUCUGCUCUCCCGAGGAGUCCACGACGGCGCCCGGCACGGAUCUCUUUGGCGUCAUUCUGUUGAACAGUCCCGCCAACACCGCCGCUGACUUUGCCGAGUACGUGCGACUCUUUCAGCUCUAUCGCGGUGGCGGCGGCGGUGGCAGCACCACGGGCGGUGCCGCUCCAAAGAACACGGCAGCGGAGGGCACAUCUCCGUACUUUAUCUGCGUCGACGGGGCGUACGCAGCGCUGAAGCGGUACUGCGCGACGCAGGCGGCUCCGUCGGCCACGAAGGAGGGCGCGGAGGCCGACGCGGCAGACGCCGUCGACAGCAGCGCUGCGGUCAUGGCGAUGCGGCUGUGCGAUGUGCUGAUUGGUGAUAUGGACAGCCUCUCACCGGCGCAGCUGCGGAAGGUGGUGGCGGCAGCGGCGGGUACGGCGGACGACCUCCGUGCCCCCUCCUCCACACCGAUGGAGGGCCCGCUCUUUCACGAGACGGUCGCCACCAUUCCGGUGGCCCUGCUCGAAGACAUCCGCCAGCGUCGCACAGACGCACUGCGGCGCCGCGGCAGCCCCGAUGCCACGCCCACGGCACCGUCCGUCGACACGCCGGUGGUGCUGCCGAUUGCGUGUCAGCUUUCGACAGACUUUCAUAAGGCGAUCGCGCUGCUGGAGCGUCUGCGCCGGCUGGAGCAGGGCAACACGGAGACACUCACAGAGGAUGAGCAGGCGGCCUACUACGACAAACGCGCGGAGGAGGCGCACGCGGCCGAGGAGCUGAUGAAGGCGUGCGAUGCGCAGCUCGAGAUCGCCUGUGAGGAGUCGGCGCGACUCGCCGACGGCGACGCGCAAGAGAUCGAGCGCUGCCGCCGCCUUAUUAUGGAUGUUUCACCGUCGACGUCCUCGACCGUGCGGACGCGGGUACUGCCGAACGUGGCUGUGUUCGGCGCACUGGGCGGCCGCUUUGACCACGAGAUCGCCACAAUGGUCGCCGUCAUGCGCUUCGCCCGCGUCUUUCACGUAUUCGUCGUGAACGUGUACACCGUGCUCUUCGCGUGCUGGCCGGAUGGCGUGACGCAGCUGCUGAUGCCGCCGUCGUGGUCGCAGGAGGGCAAUCUGGCGAGGGACUUGAGCGGGGUGGAGGAGGAGGGCACGGCCGCGGUGGAGCCGUACAUGAGCGGCAUCGUCCCUCUGGGCCCGCUGCGCGAGAUGGAGACGACGGGCUUCUUGUGGAACGUCGUGAAGAACCGCCGGGGCUGCUACGGCGGCUUCACCGGGGUGGAGCAGUACCGCUUUGCCUUCGACGGUCUUGUGUCGAGCUGCAACAAGAUCUCAUCGCGCCUGGUCACCGUGGACGUGCGACCGACCACGUGCGACACCUCGAGGCCGUCGUGGGACCCGCAGGCGCCCUCUGCCAACCCGCCGACGAUGCUGGUUCUGGGACGACCCAAGGCAGCUAGGAAGAAGGUGACAUCAGCGUGA